UUCUACUUUGUUUCCUUCGCUCACCUUCGCCGCAGAUACAUCAGUGCCACCUCUUCCCUUCGAAAACUAGUCAUUUUCAUCAGGCCUCAACUCCGAACGGCGAGCAUCCCAUAAUGCAGCCAUCAGGGUCUUGGUUCGCGUCCUGGAUGACUCGCUCGAAAAAUCCCUCAGAAACUGAAAGUGGAUCAUUUUCUGCACGCAUAUGUUACAUGUUGCAUGGCGCGUUGGUCAUGAUACAUAUCAUGCUCAUCGUGUCUUAUAUAUAUGGCUGGGAACACCAUGUGACUCUCCCGUUCACGCCCACGAACACUAAUUUUUGGCCCGUGGUGCUGAGUGCGUCACUACAAGCAUUUUACACGCUCUACACAGCUGUCCUGGUCUUCCUCACCCAACGGCUUGCGAUGUCAAGGGCGCUUGUACACCGUCUGAAGUUAACUACCAUACACGACAUCUCCAGCGCAUGGGCAGGCCUUGGUUCCGCACUCAGUAAUGUCUGGAAACAAACUUGCAUAUCCCUGCAUCGUUGUGGGCGACCACUGCUGUGACAACCUACCUUGUAUGCAUCUCUGUGCUGCAUGUCACCUCUUCCACUCUCCUACAAUUUCAAACAUUUAAUUCUUCUGUGACGACCAAUGUUUCAACAACACUAGGAUGGGUAGAUAUAUCAAGUAGCAUCUCGGAGAACAACUCGGUAGCUAUCACUGCACCUUUACCGGCUAUCAGUCGAUUUCCUGGAUUUCUCUCUGCAGGGAUAUCCAAUAAUACAGUCUACGACACCCUGCAAACGAGCUCUGUAGUCGGACAUGCAACGGUGAAUGCAAC